AUGACGAUGCCUAAGGUGACCCCAACUUCUACUACCUUGAAGCGCUUCCCUCACAUCCAUGAUGACCCUUCUACCAUCCCCCAUUCCCUAGACCCCUUCACCAUCACCACCUCUACUGGUUUCCUGCCCUACCAGACCUCACCUACCACCCUACCUGAAGUCUUCCAGCCUCUGAUGUCCAUCCUGGACCGUAUGUCCGUCGUCAGGGAAGACGGUACUCCGGGUUUGUUGGCCACCUACGAACUAGGUCCAGUGGUCGAGUCCGAGUUGCCUGAUCUGACCGACGAGGUGGACAAGUUGGUCACUGCUGAUGGUCUCCCGGACUUGUAUACCAUCACGGCCCUGUUCAGGGACUACUCCUUCCUGGCAUCGUCUUACUUGCUUGAGCCUUGCUGGGAGAACUGGCGCAAGAACCCAGAUGGUGGUUAUGGUCUAGGGAGAGACGUGUUGCCUAAGGCUGUGGCCCGUCCUAUGUAUCAUUGUGCUCAGCUACUGGACAUCCCACCCUUCAUGUCCUAUGCUGCCGCUUACUCCCUCUUCAACUACCACCUUGCCGAACCAUCCAAGGGCUUGACGUACCCUAACCUCCGUCUAGUCCGGGCCUUCGAAGGUGGUCUUGACCCUAAGAGCUCCGAGGCAGGCUUCAUCCUAACUCACGUCGAUAUGGUCAAGGAGUCGGGUAGCUUGAUCAGUGGUGCUGUUCGGGUUGUUGACGCGCUGGAGAAAGGCGGUCCUCGCUCGGAGAUCAAUGAUGGGUUUAGGGAGAUCCUCAUAGCAAUGGAGAAGAUUGAAGCAUGCAUGGAGGAUAUGUGGGGUAACUCCAAGCCUCAUGAAUACCUCUCCUUCCGUGUCUUCAUUUUCGGCAUCACAAAUCAAUCUAUGUUCCCGAAUGGUGUAGUGUACGACGGCGUCCUAGACAACAAGCCUCUCUACUUCCGUGGUGAGAGCGGUGCCAACGACAGCAUGAUUCCCCUCCUGGACCACCUCUGCCAAAUCCCCAUGCCCUCAACCCCACUUACCAAAAUCCUCCACGAAUUCCGCGCCUACCGCCCUCUCCCUCACCGGGAAUUCCUCGCCUACAUCAACGCCAAAGCAGCGGAAGUGAACGUCCGUGAAUAUGCGGUCAAGGAUGUCGAGACUGCGAUCCUUCUUCUGAAGACGCUGGACCAUGUGAGGAGCUUCCGCUGGCGCCAUUGGUUGUUUGCGCGGGAGUAUAUUAUUCGUAGGACGCCGCAUCCUACUGCCACGGGUGGGAGUCCGAUUGUUACGUGGCUUCCGAACCAGUUGUCUGCGGUCAUGGAUUUGAUGAUCUCCAUCUACGACGAGUAUCUUGCUCCCGCUCUCAAGUCCAACGGGGAGAAGAAUGGGCAUGCGCAGAACGGAUCGUACGAGUCUUACAGCAAGCAAGUUGGGCCGAUGAUGGAACAGGUCCGUGAUCAGAGGGAGAAGUUGGCCAAGGAGGUUGAGCGGUGGUGUAAGGAGAGGGGUGUUUAG